AGUGAUUGGAGCAAUGAUAUUUGUAUAAAUAGAACAAAAAAUAUUGGGAUACUCACAAAAACUUUUGCCAGUAACGAAUUACAUACCAAAGUACACACGAAAGUUUAUUGGGUCUAAUUGAAAGAAAAAUGGGGAGGAAGCACAUCCAAUUAGCUUCAUUUUUCUUCCUUGCCACAGUGAUGGUGCAAAUGCUAUAUGUGAGCGCACAAUGUCCGGGUGCUCAAUGCAGUCCUACUACAGCUUGUUGUGAAGAAUUUGCAUGUGUUAACAACGUGUGCACAGAUUGUGAGGAUCACGCAGGGCAUUCUUGUGAUGACCGCGAAUGUUGUCCUGAACUUUCAUGUCUUCCAAACCCGAAUUCUCCUCCUACCAACAUUUGUGUUAAUUGUGAGGAGCAUCCUGGACACCCAUGUACCCCCGGCGUACGUGAGUGUUGUCCGAAUACAUCAUUGAUGUGUGUUAGUAUUGGGUCAGAUAAGUACGAAUGUCAAUUAUAAUUUGGAUUGUUUUCCAGAGUUACACAUCGAUCAUGCAUCUUCUGGCUUCUCGAUGCACUACAAUGAUAUUUACACAUAUAGGUGUGAUAUCAAAGUGUGUUACUUAUGGUUUUUAUAAUGUUCUUGUUUGUUGCUGGGUCGGUUAACUUCGUUACCCUUUUAUUUCCUUUGAUAACAUGUACGUAUCUUGGUUCUAUCCUAUCUACCGGACCUGAGACAUUUUUAUGAAUGAUCCAACUUGUAAUGAAAAUAAUAAUGGACUUUC